CAACACAGGAAAAUGAAGAGGGUCCUCCUUCUCCUGCUUGCUGUAGUAUGUGGGCAUGCUCUAGAGAGAGGCCGAGACUAUGAAAAGGAUAAAGUCUGCAAGGAACUUGCCACUCUGGGAAAGGACGACUUCAGAACUCUAUCACUAGUACUGUACAGCAGGAAGUUUCCCUCUGGAACAUUCGACCAGGUCAUGAAGCUGGUGAAGGAAGUUGUCUCCUUGACUGAAGACUGCUGUGCCGAAGAUGCUGACCCUGGCUGCUAUGACAACAGAACCUCCGCACUGUCUGCCACGUCCUGUGAAAGUGACUCUCCGUUCCCAGUGCAUCCAGGAACCGCUGAGUGCUGCACCAAAGAGGGCCUGGAGCGGAAACUUUGUAUGGCGGCCCUGAAACACCCACCACAAGAAUUUCCUACCUACGUGGAGCCAGCUAAUGAUGAAAUCUGUGAAGCAUUCCGUCAAGAUCCAAUGGAAUUUGCUGACAAAUUUCUGUAUGAAUAUUCCAGUAAUUAUGGACAAGCUCCUCUGCCAAUCCUAGUCAGUUACACCAAAAGCUAUCUCUCCAUGGUCGGGACCUGCUGCACCUCUGCCAGCCCAACCGUAUGCUUUCUGAAAGAGAGACUCCAGAUUAAACAUUUAUCACUUCUCACCACUUUGUCAAAUAGAGUCUGUUCACAAUAUGCCGCUUAUGGGAAGGAGAAAUCAAGACGCAGCCAUCUCAUAAAACUAGCUCAGAAAGCACCUACUGCUGCUCUAAAGGAAGUUUUGCCGCUAGCUGAAGAUAUCACUAAUAUUCUUUCCAAAUGCUGUGAGUCUACCUCAGAGGACUGCAUGGCCAAGGAGCUUCCUGAGCACACAGUAAAAAUAUGCGACAGCCUAUCCACAAAGAAUCCCAAGUUUGAAGAAUGUUGUCAAGAAAAAACACCCAUGGACAUUUUUGUGUGCACUUACUUCAUGCCAGCUGCCCAGCCUCCUGAACCAGCAAAUGUCGAGUUGCCCACAAGUAAAGAUGUGUGUGAUUCAAAAAACAUCAACGUCAUGGAUCAGUAUACUUUUGAACUAAGUAGAAAGACUCACAUUCCUGAAGUGUUCCUCAGUAAAGUCCUUGAGCCAACCCUGAAAAGCCUCAGUGAAUGCUGCCACUCUGCUGACUCCACUGCCUGUUUAAAUGCAAAGGGUCCUGUACUGAAAAAGGAAGUAUCUUCAUUCAUUGACAAGGGACAAGAAUUAUGUGCAGGUUAUUCAGAAAAUACAUUCACUGAGUACAAGAAAAAACUAUCCCAGCAACUAAGAGCAAAGCUGCCAGAGGCAACAUCCGCGGAACUGGCAGAGUUGGUGGAGAAACACUCCGACUUUGCCUCCAAGUGCUGUUCCAUAAACUCACCUCCCAAUUACUGUGACUCAGAGAUUGAUGCUGAAAUAAAAAAUCUCCCAGAGCCCUGAUGCAAAUGUUGAACAUAGUUCUACAGCUGCAGCCACCUUGGGCAGUGACCUCUGCUGGCCUGACCUGAGCACAAGCACUGGGCUUCUGGGGAGACAUGUAGGAUGCUCCCUACUUCUCCCAGCCACGAUGUCUUCUUACAAUGAUUUGCUACAAAAUAAAAUGAACUAUAAUGCAAACC